AUGACUGACUCUAUCACUGCCGCGACUCCGCAGUCCUCCCCUCCCGCAGCUUCGAUAGGAAUCGAAAUCUCUCCGAACCCUGUUCCGAUUGCUUCUGUUACAAUUCAAGAACGGAACAAAGGAGGGUGGUGGAAUGAAUUGCUGGACAGGGAGGAGGCCAAGAAGCAGGUCGUGCUUUCGCUGCCAUUGAUUCUUACUAACGUUUGCUAUUACCUGAUCCCGGUGGUGUCCGUCAUGUUUGCCGGUCACCUUGGGGAGCUGGAGCUUGCUGCUGCAAAUCUUGCCAAUUCAUGGGCCACCGUUACUGGCUUCGCUUUCAUGGUUGGUUUAAUUGGAGCUCUUGAGACGCUGUGUGGCCAGGGGUUUGGUGCAAAGUUAUACAGAAUGUUAGGGAUUUAUCUACAAGCGUCUUCCAUCAUUUCUUUCGCGGUCCCUAUCAUCAUAUCUAUAAUCUGGUGGUUUACGGAGCUCAUAUUCAUCUUACUUCAUCAAGAUCCUCAAAUUUCCAAAUAUGCUGCUCUCUAUAUCAAAUUUCUGAUUCCAGGACUAUUUGCCUAUGACUUCCUUCAUAAUAUUUUGAGAUUUCUUCAAACACAAUCGGUUGUCAUGCCGUUGGUCUUUUUCUCAGUGAUUCCUUUGGCUCUUCAUGUUCUUGUUGCAUAUGGUUUGGUACACUGGACAACUCUUGGUUUCAGGGGAGCUCCGCUAGCAGCUUCAAUUUCGAUAUGGAUAUCAAUGCUUAUGUUGGCCACAUAUGUUAAGCGUGCGAAAAAGUUUGAGCGUACGUGGGAAGGAUUUUCAUUUGAAUCAUUUCAUUAUGUCCUCAUGGACUUGAAGCUUGCCCUCCCAUUCGCAGCAAUGGUAUGUUUGGAGUACUGGGCUUUUGAGAUUCUAGUGUUCUUGGCGGGAGUGAUGCCAAAUGCGAAACAAAUCACUUCCCUGAUUGCAAUGUGUGUGAAUACAGAGGCAAUUGCAUACAUGAUUACAUAUGGCCUGAGCGCUGCUGCAAGCACAAGGGUGUCUAAUGAACUGGGAGCAGGCAAUCCGGAGAAAGCGAAGAAAGCAAUGGUGGUGACUCUUAAGCUCUCCGUGCUUCUUGCUUUCCUCGUUGAUCUGGCUCUAGCAGUUGGUCACAAUUUAUGGGCUGGCCUUUUCAGCGACAGCCGUGCAAUAAUCAAGCUAUUUGCUUAUAUGACACCGUUUCUUGCCAUAUCAGUACUUGCAGAUUCCGUCCAAGGUGUCUUAUCAAGUUGGGAUCAUCUAGUUUUUCCAUGGGGGCUAUUUAAUCUACUAUUCUGCAGAGCAUCUUUGAAAUGACUUUUGGUAUUUUAGGUGUGGCCAGAGGAUGUGGGGUGGCUGCACUUGGAUGUGUACGUAAACUUGAGCACGUUCUAUUUGAUCAGGAUGACAAUUGCAGGUGUUUUUGCACACCCAAAUACUUGUACACACUCAUAUCAGUUGAGAUUACCCAAUUCCUAUGCUGAAUACAGAAAGUGGAACAAGCAGGGGGCUAAUAGUCGAUUGGCUUUGUUUAUAUAAUCUAAUUCAUUUCCCAUUUUGUGCUUGAUUCGGCACAGGGCUUGUGGCUCGGUUUAAUCUGUGGCGUUUGCUGUCAAGCCGGCCUACUUUUGUUGGUUACGCUGCGCAGAAAGUGGAUUCGAUUGGAUUUAGCCCAUACUGCAUAGGCAGUGUUUGGUCUGAACAAAGUCA